AUGCCGUCGCUUUCGCUGACGAGGAGUCUGGAGGCUACACAGCCGAUUGAUGCAGUCAACGACACUCGAGGCUUGGAAAAGAGAGAGACUACUGCUGGUGCUAGCAGAACAUCAUUAGACAGCAAUCACAAGCCGGGAGAGGAUUUGGAGAAAGAUGGCUCUGCGAAUGCCACCGAGGAUAACUCGAAUAUAGUCUGGUGGGAUGGGGACGACGAUCCCGCAAACCCGAUGAACUGGUCGGCAGGGAAGAAAUGGACCCAUGUAGGCAUCAUCUCGGCUAUCACCUUUAUCGUACCCCUCGCUUCGUCUAUGUUUGCACCCGGCGUAAGCGGUGUCGUGGCCGAAUUUGGCACAACAAACACCUUGCUGGAGACUCUGGUCGUGUCGAUAUACGUGCUGGGUCUGGCACUCGGGCCAUUGAUUCUUGCACCAUUGUCGGAAGUGUACGGUCGUUGGAUUUGUUACACGUGCUCUAACAUUCUUUACAUUGUCUUCACGGUCGCCUGCGCCGUCUCGACCAAUAUGUCCAUGCUCAUCGUCUUCCGCUUCCUGGCUGGAUGCAUGGGCUCUGCUCCGCUGGCCGUCGGAGGCGGAACUAUUGCAGACUUGUUCCCCAUCAGCCAGCGCGGCAAAGCUCUUUCGUUAUACACACUAGGCCCGGUUUGUGGACCAGCAGUUGGUCCGAUCGCAGGCGGAUUCUUGGCUGAAGCGAAAGGCUGGAGGUGGAUCUUCUGGGUCCUUACGAUAGCGAGCGGAGCCAUCACGAUUGCCCAGAUACUGAUCUCCCGUGAGACAUUUGCAGUCAUCAUUCUCGAGCGCAAGACAAAGCAGCUGCAGAAAGAGACGGGCAACAUGGAGCUCCGAUCCAAACUCGACCGCGGUAUCACCAGCAGCGAGAUCCUCAAACGUGCCAUUGUCCGCCCGACCAAGCUCAGCGUUCUCUCACCGAUCUGCAUUCUGCUGUCGGCUGCGUCUGCCGUAGUUUACGGAAUCCUGUACCUUCUGCUGACCACCUUCCCAUUGGUCUUCGAAACCACAUACGGCUUUUCCUCCGGAAUUUCGGGUCUGGCCUACAUAGGCCUAGGCGUCGGCAAUGUCCUGGGUCUGCUUGCCUUCACCCUGACAAGCGACAAAUACAUUCAGAAACGGGCCGCUAAGGGCCUGCUGCAGCCCGAAGACCGGCUCCCGCUGCUCCUUGUGUCCACCAUCGUCAGUGCCGCCGGCCUGUUCUGGUAUGGAUGGAGUGCCAAGGCCCAUACGCACUGGAUCGUGCCCAUCAUUGGCUCCGCCCUCGUCGGCGUAGGCAACAUGCUAUUCUUCAUGCCCGUGAUGGGCUACCUGGUCGACACCUUCACGCAAUACGCUGCUUCGGCACUGGCCGCCAACACCGUGCUCCGAUCCAUCGGCGGUGCGCUACUUCCCCUCGCCGGCCCCAGCAUGUACGCAUCGUUAGGAUUUGGCUGGGGGAAUUCGGUGCUGGGCUUCUUGGCAGUCGGCUUCACCCCGGCGUUGUUCGUUAUGUAUAGACAUGGGAAGUAUAUUCGCACUAGAUGGCCUAUUAACUUGGGUUGA